AACAUUGAAGAGGGUAGGUUACGACUGUCUCAGCCUCGACUUUCCACACGAAAACUCUCAUCGAAGCACCCUCAAUAUAUCUGUACAACUUUAUAUACGAUUUAGCAAGCUUUGAGACAAAACCGAUUAUUGCAUAAACUGGCGCGAGGCACCAUUCGGACACAUCCAUGUUUUGAGUCUUCAGAAUGUCUUGAGAAAGACGCUCUGAUUGUCCACCGGUCGACCCUGCAAGCAAAGGUGUGAUGGAAGCGGCCAGUACUUCCCUCAGAGAUGACUGCCCUCCCUGGGAAGAUGUGUCUCUGUCUGCCCCUCACAGAGACGAUGGUCUACUGGUCACCCAUGUCAACCAAACACAAGACUUACUGAGGUCACAGGGUCAGGCUGCGGAGUGGAAGAGCUCCUCUGAUUGGCUCCUGACCCACAGUCUCUACAGCUCCGGCCUCUCCCUAUCAACACUCCUCUCACACGGGACCACUAAGAUCAGUGCUGAGGAGGACGGAGGACUCAGCAGACAGCUGGAGAUCACUGCUGCAGCACUCAUUCACUUUGACUUCCAGCUGUACCAGGCCAUUGAGCUGUACCAUGGCAGAAUAAGAUGGCUGAACCAAGGAAGUAUGAAGGUGUUUGGGCUGGUGAAGGGGUCCAGAGUAGGGGUCAUAGUUGACACCUCAGAUGUUAACUGCACCAAGGACAGACUGCCAGAUCUACAGAAGAACCUCCUGUCUCUGAUAGAAGAGCAGCUCAGCUGUAAGCGUCAGCUGUACCUGAUGUCCUGUGGUACUGAGACCAGCAGCCUUUGGGACGGCCCCAGAGACAUCGACACCUUCAGACUGCAGGAGGCUUGUGGCUGGGUGGAUGAGCUGGGAGCCAGGGGGGGAUGUAACCUCCUACAGGCCCUGAAGAGAGGCCUUGACCUGGGCUGCACUCAGCUUGACUCCCUGGUCAUCGUCCUGGGCUCCAGCCCUGACCAGACCGCAGAUGCCCUCUUUGAUUACGUAGGACAAAGCAUUUUGGGAAGGACGUUGUUGAUCCAUGUGGUGUCCUACUGUAGCGUUAGCCCUCUGACCAUUGCAACUGUAAAGAGACUAGCUGAAGUUACACAGGGACGCCACCACAUCUUCUCAGCUUCCCUGGGUGUAGUAGACAGCAGUACAGAUGUGGAGCUGCUGUGGACAGAGAUCAAGGCAGCCAGAGAGCUGCUGGGACACACUGAGGCCCUGCGUCAGGGGCGGCUGGGGGACAUGACUGUCACUGUGGUGGGACAGCAGAUUUCCACAGAGUUGGACAGCUUUUCACUCUCUCCUUCGCUCCCCAGACCACCCAAUCACAAUGUCCCCCUGAGCAUCAAGCCCCCAGGUGUCCCGCCCAGCUCCUCGGCUGAUUGGCUGAGGAACCAUGGACUGAAAGCUAAGAGACUGGGGCUGUACCAGGUUCUGUCUCCCAAUGCCUAUUCUCUACUGGAGGGGUUUGUUCCUAUCCUGAACAAGACUGUCAGCUCAACAGUCCAUGAGAAGGCCAUGGUGCAGUUUGAGUGGCAUGAUGGAACGGUGAAGAACGUUCAUGUGGACUUGCCCUUAAUCUACCACUACCAGAAACAGCUGAUGUCUGCAGUGGCUGUGUUGGAGAGGAGGGUGCAGUGGCUGAGCAGUGGGAGCAGGCAGAUCUGGGGGACAGUGUGUGAACAGAGGGUGGUGAUUGUGGUAGACAUGUCUAUGAUGAUCCCUGGCUUCUCUCUCCACAUCCAGCACUCCCUCAGGGUGCUACUGGAGGAGCAGCUGGCCAACAAACACAGCUUCAACAUCAUCGCGUUCGGCUCAGCUGUCAGAGCUUGGAGGGAGAGGUUGGCCCUCACCUCACCAGAGAACCUGCAGGAAGCUUGGCAGUGGGUCCAGGGUUUACAGUGUUCAGGGAGCAGGAACACCUUGGCUGCUCUGAGGCUGCCUCUGGAGGGGGACCUCAAUAGUGGGGCACCCCCUCUCUCUCUCUCUCCCUCUCCUCUUCUCCCUCCGUCCCCCCCUCUCACCCAGGGCCUCUACCUCUUCACAAGCGGAUUGCCUGACCAGGAAAUUGCAACGGUGUCUUCAUAUGUGUCAGAGUGCUGCAGUGGCCGGCCUCUACGUCUCCACAUCUGUCUGUUGACUGGAGAGGAGACAGAGGGACAGACAGAGGCACAGACGGGGGGUUGCCCUCCACCUCACCAUGCCACCAGGGAGGAGACUGCGGGGGCACUGAGGGAACUGGCACAAGCUGGCAACGGACGCUUCCACUGGAUCAGUGAGACAGGCAUCCUGGAGAGCGAUGACAUAACUGCUCUGAUUGGAGAGAUGGAGAGGGCUGCUAAUUAUUGGCAGAAGAGCGCCAUGCUGGUGGACUCCUUGACCCAGAAGUCUGACUGUAGGUGCCCUGGGGAGGAUCUCUCUCCUGGGGACAAAGCUCCGGCCCAGUCUCCCCUGGCCUGGAGACGCAGAGACAGACCACUGCCCCCACCGCGACCCACAGCACUCACCCUCGCCAGGCUGCAAAUGAAGGAAGGCCGAACAAACGAGCAUUCCUCCUCUCAGAAGGCUCUCGCAUGGCGUCCCAGCAGUGCCACAUCUACUAUCCCACCGGUACAGCCCAUGACUGGUUGGGGUCCAGUAGAGACUAAAGCCAAGCAGAGGAAGCCUUCUCAGGUCACCCAGUCUGUGUUCUACCUGGAAGAUGGUAACUUGGGUGUGGUGUUCAAGUCUUACCCCAAACCUAAAAGUGUCCGAAAGUCCAUCCCCUUAGUGACUCUGCCAAAGCAGGAAGAGAUCUGCUCGACCAAACGGUGGCUGAAGAGGUUCAGUAUUAAGAGGCAGAAGCUUGACAUCUAUAAGCUGGUGUCUGGACCUGACUGUACUCAUCAUAAGAAGCUGGUCCCUUCGGUCCUCAAGAGAGUGUCUGCCAAAUACUGCUCCAUCUUCCCCAGUGUCCACAUCAAUGGGAUGGUGAAGCACCUGCAGCUGACUCCAGGAGAGUUAAAACAGUACCUUACUCAGACUGAGAGACUCCUGCUGCGCUACAUGCAGAGGCUGCAAUGGCUGCUCUCCGGUAGCAGGCGUGUGUUUGGGGCGGUGCUGGAGAGGGAGGUGUGUGUGCUGCUGGAUGUGUCCGGCUCCAUGGCUCCCUGCCUGGGGGAGCUGAAGACCAAGCUGGCCUCUCUCAUCUGGGAACAGCUGCAUCACAACACAGUCAGGUUCUCUCUGCUGGCGUUCUCCGAGGGGGUGAAGGCGUGGCGUCCGGCACUGCAGGAGCCUACAGAGGAGGCGUGCCGCGACGCGGUGCAGUGGGCAUAUCAGCUCAACACCCAUGGGGGAACCAACACUCUGGAGGCCCUGCAGACUGGCUGUGGGUUUGGGGACAGUGUGGGCCUGUACCUGCUGAGUGAUGGGAAGCCAGAUUCCAGCUGCAGCCUGGUGCUGAAAGAGACGGAGAGACUGACCACAGGGAACCACAUUACUAUCCACACUGUCUCAUUCAACUGCACAGACAGCUCAGCCAAUGACUUUCUGAAAAAACUGGCUCACCAAACUGGGGGUCGGUACCACCGUUGCCAUGACAAUGUGGAUGCUCUCAGUGGGCUGUUGGAAUCGGGCCUUAGUGAUGGAGACGAACCUACCCUGCCGGCCCUCGAGGGAGAUGACUUGAGGAGACUGGCUCAGGAAAUUGACAAACUGAGACAUUUCCGGAAGCAGGCACAGGUCUUCAGGGAAAUCAUUUUGGAAAAGAAGAAUCCAGAGGAAACAACAAGAAUCAACCAAACAGACUAGAUUACUGUAAACCCAAGAAUUUGACUUCAAUGAUUUUAUAUACGCAUUUGUAAUUUAGAUUUUCAAUGACUCAAUAUAGAAGAAAGUGGUUGUUAAGAGAUUAAAACUGGUGUGCAUGAAUUUUGUCAGAUUAACCAUAUACUGUACACAGUUCUUCUAUUUGACCUAAUUUGGGUGUGCAGUAUGCUUUGUUCAGAUUGACAAACCUCUGCUUUUCUUAAUUUAAAACUAGAAUGCUUAGUUGCUACAUCCAUUUUUUACUUAUAAAUUAUUUCUAUAUAUACCCAUUGAUUCUUGAAGAAUAUAAUGUACUGUACAAAUGUCUCAUGAGCUUACUUCAACUGUCAUACCCAUCAGAAAGCUUGUUUUACUCCAAUGUUUGUAAAAAAAAGUAAAUGUGAACAAACACUGUACAGCCUAAAGAGGCAGGGCUGACUGCUUGGUAUUGUUUCUCUAGUUUGAACUAAAAACAGCUAAUAACCUUAUUGUGUUAUAUUGUUUCUAUGUACCAAUCAACAUAUCGACAUGAAUAAAACAAAUGAUUCCAUGA